GCAUUUGUGAUUCAGUUGAGGAAGCUACUCGAUUUCUUCAUAGUUAUGAAAUCAGUAAUUCUGUUAGGUUUGCUGCCCUUUCCACUCCAAAGAGCUUUGGAAGUUCAGUUAUACAUGGAACCCAACAUAAAGUAUUAUGGGAAACAUCUGAAGACUAUGCUACUCCUUAUAUUAUAUUAUCUACAAAAAGAUACAAUUGUCACCGUGGUUUCGAUCGGAACGCUGCUGCAAAAAGGAAGCAUAAUGAAGCAAAAGAAAAUCAGAAAGUGGAUCAUUUAUACAUAACUGAUUAUGUUAUCAUACAAGAUACUAAAAAGUUUAAUUGUCCUGCAAAAGCCAUUAUGAAAGAAGUGGUAUAUUUCACUGACUUCAAGCUUAUUAAUUCCAGUAAUUAUCGUAAGAAGCAACAGUCAAAAGAAAUAAAAUAUUCGUUGCUACAAAAAAAGGAUGUGGUAAUUAGUCGAAAAAUUAUUGUUGAGAUAGACUGCUUAAAUGAUCACAAAAAUCACCCUCUUGGCAAGAUUGAGCUACUCUCACAAAAAAUUGAUCCACGCUUAUCAGUUAAAAUUUCUGAAUACAUUAAAGAUGGUGUUUCUAAUGUGCGUGAGAUGAGAAGACUUUUAAAUAUUACUGUCAAUGAAAUGUUUGGAAAGAAAAAUCUUCCUUCUAGAACCAACAGAAGAUUUUAUCCAAGAACUGACAUAAUUCAUUCGCACAUGGUCAAAGAGCGUCUAAAGCAAAGAUACUCGAACAUCGACCAAGACUGCUUAGAAAUCAAAAUAAAAGAAUGGAAAGAAGCUGACUCAUCUGCCAAUAUCUAUUUUCGACCUAAAGAAAGGGGUAACAGUGCUGAGCUCUUGUUUGUAUACCAAGCAUUUUGGCAAAAAAAACUGCUAAAAAAAUAUGGGAAUGAGAUGUUGUUUUUGGAUGCAACAUACAAAACGACACGAUAUUCUUUACCUUUGUUUUUUUUGGUUGUCAAAACAUAUGUGGAUUAUCAAAUUGUAGCAACCUUUGUAAGCGAAAGUGAAACUUUUGAAUCGAUAUCUGAAGCACUUGUUAUCUUAAAGUCUUGGAAUGAAAAUUUGCAACCUCUUUAUUGCAUGACUGAUUAUUGUAAUGCUGAGAUACGUGCUCUCGAAACUAUUUUUAUUGGUGCGUAUUUAUUUAUUUUACAUGAAGUUAAUUUAACUAUACAAACAUCCAAUGAAUCAACUGAUUUUUAA